ACUUUCUUACCUGGAAAUCUGCUGCUAUCCCGGUGCAUACUAUUUCACCAGUUUCUGGAUAUCAAUUAAAAACUAUUCGCCAAGAGCGCAAGAACAGUUCUGUAAUUGAAAGAUCACACAACCAGCUGCUAAUAAGAUCUAGAGGAAAUUUUGCGAUCUUCGGAUUUAAAGGGAUUUACACCUAAAGUGUUGCCAUGGAAAGCCAGGGGAGCGGGGAGCCAACGGCCCCGGACACAGAAACCCUAAUGGAGGAAGCGCUCAAGAUCCUGACACAGGAGGGAUUCAAACUUCCGGGGGACGUGGUGGAGACGCUACACACCGUCGGUCGCUCUAAUGCCGCCGCUCGCCACCGGGGGUCGCUUCGCGGCCACAGGAUGUGUGAGGUGCAGUCGAAUACUCGGAAGACAAGGAAUGUCAGGGAGACAAGUGCUAAACGGCGGAAAAGUGAGGACAUUGAUGAUUCUGAUAAAAACGGAAGUGCGAAGUAUGAUCAAUCGGAGAAAAAUUCGUCGGAAAAACGUGCUGAAAAGUGUGAACGACAUGAAUCACCAGCGGACGAAGUUUUCACAACUACAGGUAGUUCCGGUGGAGGUAACACCCGUGGCGGCCCCGAAGAGCGUCGGAGGCUAGAGCGGGAAGAGUCCGGGGAAUCCAGCAGCACGUGCAGCGCAAGUACCGUCCGUGAGAAGACACCACCGCCUCAUCCACCUGAAGACCGCAGACGACACGAUAGCGGGUCGUCCAUAGCGUCCUCAGCUAGUACUUUAAACCGAAAAAUCGCUCAGGGCCGACUUGAUUCUGUGGGUUCUGACACAGGAUACAAUACUUCAAUCGAAAACGCUAUGCAAACCCAUGAAGCCCGGGCUGAAAAUUUGAAAAAUCUCAACAAAGAUAUUGAGAACAAGCUCUCUGGACGUUUCAAUGGCGGUUUGCGGCGCGAUAUAUCGAGAGACAGUGGUUUUACGGAAACGAUGACGUCGCCGCAGCAAAGUAAAGCGGUUGAAAACAGAAAAACACAAACAAUGGCAAACACUUCCGUUACUCAAGAUUUCAACGACAUAUCAGUUUCAAAUUCAGACGUCAGCGAACGUUUCGUUUCGACUGACGCUGGAGAUGCCCACACAGUGACGUCAACGGCGUCAGACCUGACAGCAGCGGACAUGACUUCAAAGAAUGACGAAAUAACUGCCGAUGGAACAGCAGUAUCAUCCGUUGCAAAGCUUGAGAACCAGGAAUCGAAUUCAACAAUGUUGCGAGCCACAAAUAAAAUGACUGACGCCGACGUCUCCCGCGAAGAUGAUUAUGAAUCUGUCAAUAAGACGUCAAAAUCAUCGCGUACUGACAGUCUCGCCACGACGGAGAAUGGCCUUACAACAGCGGCUUCCCGACAUGCGGCAUCCGUAGAACAAGGUCUGUAUAAAGAAUCUACAAAGCUUGGGACGUCAAAAGACGGCCAGCACGCGACGUCUGAAAUGAAAAUCGACCAGCAGCUUGCGCGUAACCAGGAACUUAACAACGUCGAAAAGUGUGACGACGGUACGUCAAAAACGGAAACUAAAAACGUCUCCGAGAAGAGUCUUACAUCAAAGUCUCGACGUGAGGAAAAAAUAGGUUCAGAAAACGGACCGGUGUCCGGCUCGUUAGUCGGCACGCAGAACAUUGAUCAGAAGUCACGAAACUCAGAUAAUAAAGAGACACGAACCUUGGCUGACGGGACUGUGAUAACAAGAAGUAACGAGUUGUCAACGAAAUCAGAAAAUGAACAGUCUGAAAGCGAACAGCGGACAGAGAAAAGGAACCCAGAUGGCUCGGGUUCGAGCGUCGACGUUGUCAAAAAGUCAGACACCUUUUCGGUUAACGAAUCUUCAAAGAAAAAGAAAGAAAAUAAGGAAACAGAAUCAGGAACUUCACAUUUUGAAGAAACUGAGGAUAGCAAGUCAGUGUCCAGUAGCUUUGCUGGUCAAUGCGAGUCCACUGAGGUCAAAAACGGUGUAAAACUGCACCGCACAAAGUCAUCUGAGAAUUCAUCGGAAAGCACUGUGAAGUCAAGUAGAUCUGUAUCAUCAUUCAGCAACCGAGGGAGUGGAAUACCUGAGGAACAUUCCACUGCUAGGAGUAUUGGCAAUCGUAGGGUAUCAGAUGUGAGUAAUGCAUCAAAUGUUACCAACACAUCGGGAUUAAGCGGGGAUAGUCGAGAAAAUAUAAACCCACCGAGUUACGACGAAACAAUGAGCAAUUUGUCCAGGAAAGGGAGUUUAUCGUCUGUGUUUUCACGCCAGGAUAGUUCUGCUUCAUCAAUAGCGUCGUCUGCAAGUGCGUUCAAUGAGCGCCAAAGGCAAAAGGAUGCCCUAAGGGCAAUGGAGCGGCAAGAUAGUGAAACUAAACGCAAGGAAUUUGUCGAUGAUGAUUACAGGGGUCGUUUAAGCCGAGAAACGUCUCGUCAAGAUAGUUUUUCCUCUGACUCAACAGUUGGUGGAGGUAACAUUGACAAUUUUGAUAGAAAUUAUGACGUCAUGUCUUACCCCACCAGAAGGAAUGACGUCAGCGCAUACACACGAUCAUUCAGCGAUUCAGCCCAAAUAAAACCGAAAAAUCGCCGCGCUACAUUACAUGGUGACGUUAUAUUGUCAAAUCGUGAACUGACCGAGGCGAGGCAAGCCGUUAGGUCAAAUCUCCGUGGGCAUGACGACAUGUUUAUGGAUUUGAACCGUUCAGCGUUCGAUGACGUCAACGUCGAUUUUGAUGGUCUUGAAACAACGUCAUUUAAACAAGAAGUGAUGGACAUUGUAAACAAGUUCUUUGAUGAUGACGACGACCACUUUGGAUCCAGCUUGAUGCGCAGAAAUAGAGUUAACCGGCGGAAUGUGGACGAUUUUGGCACAGAAACGUCUGGGAAAAGAUAUUCAUCAAGUACCAGGGACCGUGGGACUUCCCGCCAAUCAGACGUGAACCCCUAUCUCACACGGGAGGAUCUAAGUAUGUUUAGGGACGGGUCCGAGUAUAGAGGAAUUAAAUCCGACGUCGAAUACGCAGCUUCAGACUCCGCCUUUUUGGCGUCAAGGCGAGGCCGCGGGAGAAGAACAGGAAGUGACCUUGUUGAUGACUUCUCGGACACAGCUAGUGAUAGUGGUUUCAGACAGCAAAGCAGGUUUGGGAACCGGUCGGAGUUAAACACUGCUGGACUACUAUCGCCUCAAUUGACGUCAGGUUCCGCAACUCGUCUCCGUAACAGUGGAUAUUCCAGCGCAUUGGAAAAAUCAAGCGUCUCGGAAACAGCAGACGACAGGAUUCGCAGCGCGGGAAAAUCAAUAUCCCGUCAGCGGGACAAUGGCCGAUCGAUGCCGGGUGACAGAGAAUUGCAGGCUUUUACAAAUAAGAGUGCUGAUAAACUGUUUGAAGGAGAUAGACGUUAUGAAAACGCAAAUAGGUCUAGUCUUAACAGAGUUGGUAAAUAUAGUGAAUUCCUGGAUCGCGACUUUGGUAUGGGUGACACCGGAAGCACGUGCAACAGUGAGAGGUCACGUGAGCAGCACGUGAAUGGCAGAUUGAAAGAGACUGCUUCUAGUUUUGACGAAUAUAAACCCAAAACUGUGCGGACUGCGUCGUCAGGUUACGAUGAACAUGAAUCUAAAAACCAGAAUCGAGAAGAUCAAACGUCUGAGUUAGAAAGGAAACAACGAAUUGACCAGGCGUUGUCAUGGAUACGCGGGGAACUUGGCGUGUUGCGGACCCAGGACCGCGUUUUGAUGUCGCAGUUCCAGCGGUGUCAGGAUUCCAUCGAGGAGUUAAAGAGGCAGCGGCCCUGGUACGAAGUGUUCAGUGACGAAGAAGAGGGAGACGAGGAGACCGGUGGCAACUGGCAGGACUGGGAGAUUGACGAGUUCGAGAAACGAGACGGUCGUGACAGUCGGAUGUCGGGCCGCGAGAUCGUCCACAGACUCACACUGUUAAAUGACUGAUUCCUACAUGACCGCCUUGGACACGUGUUCAGAUAAUCCUUCAAUGAAAACAGAUCACUGGUUCGUUUGGCAUUCAAACAAAAUCGUUUGGCUUUGAAACAGACUUCAACCCGUUAUAGUAUUGCUCUUCGAAAUCUUCUGAACUGCGUGUUGUCAACAGCACCAAGUUUACAAAAGAAUGUUUGGAGAGCUGUCUACAAUGUUGCGAAUUAAUAGUUUACAGUGAUUUGAGCAUUUUGAUUUUCAAAAGUAUCAGGCAGUAGAAUUUUACCAUGUACAGCUAGAUAUCGGGUACGCCCUUCACUCAUUUUGUGAGUGAUUAUUGCUUAUGAUGUGUAUCAUCUUAGUCUGCAAAAUAUCAGUAUUAUGUUAAAAAUGAACAUUUUGCGAUGGUAAGCGCCAUAUGCUUGUCUUCAUUAAGCAAUUACAUGUACAGUACAUAAGCAGCUAGCUGUGAUUUUGGCACUCUUCUCCAGCAAUUCUUGGUGAACCAAGAACGUAUAAUAGCAAUACACUAGUGUUUAUAACAUCCUUCAAGAUUCUUAUUGCUCCUGUGCGCCGUGGUGCACGUGCAGCGCAGAUAUUGUUAUUGAUUGAGAGUGGUUCAUAUUUGGUUUCGGGAAGUGCAAUACGAAUAUGAUGGAGAGGUUGUUAAACUCGAUGUGCACGUGUACUUGUGUAUGCAGUUGUCCCGUGUACUUACACGUACUUGUAAAAGCUACAAUUAAUUGCCGGUUACUCACAUUUCCUCAACCGAGCUAAUAGGAUUAAACAGCAUUUACCCAUUGUAAUUUUACUGUUAGUUAACGUAGUAUAAUAUAGAUUGGAUAAGCAACAAGCGAGCAUCUGGCCUUAAACUCGUUUGGGAAUUUUCUCUUAAGUAUUUGCAGGCUUGCUAAUACUCGCAGUCAAUUUCCUGCGUGCUACCACUACGACAUAUGUCAUUCUUAACGUGUACGUUGUACACACACCUUGAUGACGUAAUGCACAAAAAACACACAUACACGUGCCCGUACAAGGAGUAUUUCAAAAACUCUCAAAUAAUGUUUGCGGAGAUCACGUGUUUAUUAAAACGGGUAAAGCCCGAAGAUCACGUGUUUACUAGAUCGGGCAAACACGUGUUAGUAGAAGGGGUAAAACCCAGAAGACAGAUAUGGUAAAUAUUGGUGCAAAUUAUUUAUGUGAAUAAAUGAAAUAAUUGUGUGAUGGUUUUUUAAAUGUUGUAUGUAAAUAUUGCUGCUUGUUCAAAUGUUAUUCCUUAAUAAAGAUUGACAAUCAAACACAA